GCCAGGCUAAGGCCAAAGCUCACCCAUAGCCAGGACCCCAUCUGUCCGUUUCCUGUCUGCUGCCUUCUAUCCCACCUGAAGCUUCAUGUUGCCUCCUUGUUGAGGCACACAUCUUACAUUUAUAUUGUAUUUCGUUCCCGAGCUCCCCAGGUUCUAUAACGGACGAGCAAACAAAUGAAAGCCUAAGAUCCAUGUCUAUCAACAUGGAGAACGCCAUGGCCAAUGUCGACCUCGGACGUUAUCGACGGAUCGUACAGAUGUUCUGGGAUCCAGAACCUACCAACGAUGUUGCCCACGAUCAUCCAGUCUGGUGUCUUGGACGCUCCUAUAAGCUAAGCGAUAAGAAAAACACAAAGUCUGAUGAACAAAAUCCCCAGACGCCGCCCCCAGCACCCAAGUCGGACACCGAAGAUCAGGAUACGGCUCGAUCGCCCAACAUACCGACAAAUGCCCCAGAAACCCCACCGGAAUCAAUAUCGAGCAGUUUCUCAUCAUCACUGGCAUAUGACGACCAGUCGAAUGACGGUGGAUGGCCAUCUGGCUUCAUAACCGAUUUUGAAUCAAGGAUAUGGAUGACUUACAGAUCAGAGUUCGAACCCAUUCCUCGUUCCACGAACCCCCAAGCCACAUUUUCACUGUCACUGUCGAUGAGACUCAAGAGCCAACUAGGGGAUCAGAGUCCAUUCUCAUCAGACAGCGGGUGGGGAUGCAUGAUUCGGUCUGGUCAAAGUUUACUUGCAAACACCAUCGCACUCGUUCGCCUUGGGAGAGACUGGCGUCAGGGACAAUCACUAGAAGAAGAAUGUCGUAUCCUCAAAGAUUUUGCCGACGACCCAAGAGCUCCAUACUCAAUACACAGUUUCGUCCGACAUGGUGCCAGCGCCUGUGGCAAGUAUCCGGGUGAAUGGUUUGGCCCAUCAGCAACAGCCCGCUGCAUCCAAGCAUUGGCGAACUCACAUGAGCCCUCAAUCAGGGUAUAUUCCACUGGCGAUGGGCCUGAUGUCUACGAGGAUGACUUUAUGAAAAUUGCGAAGCCAACCGGCGAAGCCUUCCACCCCACGCUUGUAUUGGUAGGGACUCGGCUGGGACUAGAUAAGAUAACUCCCGUCUAUUGGGAAGCUUUGAUUGCAGCACUUCAGAUGCCGCAAUCCGUGGGUAUCGCAGGAGGCCGUCCAUCCUCAUCCCAUUACUUCAUCGGCUCGCAAGGCUCCUUCCUAUUCUACCUUGAUCCUCACCACACAAGGCCUGCACUCCCAUACCAUGAGAACCCCAUGGAUUACACCAGCGAAGAAAUAGAAUCGUGUCAUACCGCUCGACUGCGCCGCAUCCACGUUCGCGAGAUGGAUCCCAGUAUGCUAAUAGGUUUUCUGAUUCGGAGUGAGGAGGACUGGCAGGACUGGAAGCGUGGGGUCAAGCAUGUCCAAGGCAAGUCGAUUAUCCAUGUGGCGCAGCAAAACGCAGUCCACGGAGGCUCAAGCGAGGGCCGUGAAGGCGCAAUUGACGAAGUUGAGACGCUAAGUGAUGAUGAUACGGAUACCAUUCAGGAGGCCUAGAUUGGUUAUUGGGCCCGGCGUUGUUUUGAUACUUAUUUUGGCUGUAAUUUCCUGCAACCCAUAAUGAUUGGCAGGAGGACCAGGCGUUACGUCGGGAUAGACAUUGAAAUCGAUUCGAAUGACCCUCUUUAUCACGAUUUUUGUCGUUUAAGGCUGCGAGAUACAACGCGUUCUUCACGCGCUGCCUGUCGUUUCAUGUCACCUGCCGAAUGGUGAUAUGGUUGAAUGCAAUAUGCAUAUUGUAUGCAUUAGAUCCUUAAUCAUCUCUUCUUCUUCUUGCCUCCACCAGUCACUGAUUUUAGUUCUGCAUGUCCUUCCUCUCGAAUAUGGACGAACAGCCUGGUUCUAGAAGCAAAAGUCUCCCCACAAACUCCGCACCGUGGCUAUCAACUGUCGUCAGCUUAACAGAAAGAUGAUCGUUGAUAUGUCAACAUACUUCUUCUUCUUUCUGCGACUGUGCAGCCGCAGCUUUCUUGGCGCGUUUGGCCUUGGCCUUGCCAACCUUCUUGCCCUGCGCAGGCUCAUCAACCGACAGACCCUGCACUGAUGCUGAUAUUUCAUCGUCUUCAUUAGUAACAUCGCUGGUAAUCUUGAGUUGGCUGGCCGAAGCUAUUCUCUCCCCAACAACAUCCCUGGGUGCGUAGUCGGUGUCGUCUGAUGCGUCUGCAGACUCAGCAGGUGUCGCGGCGAGGGACGAAUCCGCUGGAGGCGGCGAUACAGCCUCACCUUGAGUCGAUUGAAGCGGCCCCUCUUUAACACUGUCUUCCUGUGCUGCAGGAUCUUUUUGCUUGUUCGCAUUUGCCUCACGUGGCGAUGAUACCUCAUCAAGCUCCAGCUCAGCACCUUCGCGCUUCAUCUGCCGACGCAGUUGUUGAACAGCCUUGAUGUGCUUCUUGCUCUUCUCGUGCGCCUCAAGCUGCUUCUCGCUUUUGAACGACUUGUUGCAUACAACGCACUCCAGUAUCUCAACCUCUGAUUCCUCUUCAGAUUCUGAAAAAUCCCCCUCUGCUCCAUUGUCGUCGGAUCGAGCCUGGGCCCAUUCGGGAAUCUCGAAUGAUGCCAUGCGUUCCUGGUUCGCAGCUCGCGAUCGAGCGGCCUGGGCCGCAGCAGCAUUUCGCAGGGAAGCCUGGCGCUCGUCUUGGGUCUGCGAAUUGGGUAGGUAUCUGGGGUCUCGUUUGCGCACGAAGCCGACAAGGAAGUUGACAGCAUCAUUGAACUCGCGAAUGGCGUCCUCCCGCAUCUUCUUGUUCUCCUUCUCCAUCAAACGGCGGACACGGCGGUCGGGGGCGUCAGAAAGUCGAUAUUUAUCCUUCCAUGCGAAUGACUUGACGGUUGCGAAGCCAGUCCAUGCAGUGUAAAAUGGUUUCACAACAUCCUCGUAGUCAUCGCCAGAGGAUCCAAAAGUUGGGUAGUCCCGGACAUCGAGGUCGUCGUUAUCGGCAGCAGCCUCCUCUUCCAUGGCCAAGUGUUCGAAAGUUUCCCUGCAAAUUCCGUAAAAACCCGUGGGUUCGUCAUCGAAGGGCACCGCAGCAUUGAACUUGCGGAUCAAGCCCAUGAUCUCCUCAGCCGAUGUGAGUCGCACAUUGCGGAAAGUAGUAGGUUGGCCGUCAUCGUCGCCGUCUCUUCCACUGAGGAUGGCAUCGCGGUGUGAAUCGUACCAAGCUCUCUCUUGAGGAUCAGACAGGAUCUCGUAAGCGGUUUGAACUUCAGCAAAGCGGCGUGUGGCGGUCUCGACAUCAUUGAUGUUGCGAUCAGGAUGAAGCUCGAGUGCUUUUCUGCGGUAGGCUCGCUUGAUCCUAGUCAAGAAAAGGUCAAUAGGAAGACAAGAUAGAGGGGCAUAUCCAGAGAGAUUUACUCAUCGUCUGUUGCAGAACGCUCAACACUGAGCAGCUCGUAGUAACAUGUUUUUGCGACGGGAGCUGGGCCACCAGCAUUGGAGGUUUCUGAGGAUUGUUGGGCUCCCAUGUUUACUAUUUGGAUGAGCAACACGGGGCCAGUGAGAGUUUUGGUCGAAUCUGCUGUUUCCAGAAAAUAGAUAAUAGGAAAGGCAGUGAUUUAUAUAUGAUAUAUUUGAGGUCUGGACUUGGAGCUUUGUGUGAAGGAGGGGCAUCGCGGGGCAAAAUCAACGAUAGACAAUUUAAGCAGGCCAAAUAAAAUAAAUAAAUUUGCUUUCUCCCUGCAGGAUAUAUCCCCCCG